CUAGCAUGUCUGCUCUCAGGCCUGCCUCUGUGUUCUACAGCGGCUACACACACACAGUAGUGUCUGUGAGCACUUCUGUGUACUCAAAGGUUUUCUACCCGAGAGGCAUAACCCAGGCCAGCUGAUUCAUCAGAAUCAGCUGGUUCGCCAUGUUUACAAGGGCAUUCCCAUGGAUAUCUGGUGCCAGGUGUGGUCAGUCCUCCUCAACAUCGAUGAUAUCAAGGGGAAAAAACCCAGCACAUACCAGGAGAAGGGGAAGAGGUCCUGUGAACAGGUGCACCAGAUCGACCUGGAUGUGAGGAAGACACUCAGAAGACACUUUCUUUUCCAGGAGCAAUAUGGCCUCAAGCAGCAGGAACUAUUCCACGUCCUGCUGGCCUAUGCAGAGUAUAAUCCGGAGGUGGGCUACUGCAGAGACCUGAGCCAGGUGGCCACCUUGUUCCUGCUGUACCUUCCCAAAGAGGACGCAUUCUGGGCACUGGCACAGCUGCUGGCCAGUGAGAGGCACUCCCUGCAGGGUAGGUGGACAGGUGCCCCUGGGGCCUCUUGCUACCAAACCCGGGGAUGGCCACCCUGGCCAGGUGAUCACAACUUUCAGUGAAGGCACCUUCCUGUGUCGCCAGCUUGUUGGGAGCCUUUAGGAUGUCUCUGCUGAGGGUCCCACAGGAGCUGGAGGCUGACCCCCGGAGCCCAAGCCUUUCAUCCCCAUCAGCAGAGGGCAUCUCAUCCUCCCCAUGGCUGACCUCGGUGUCCUGGAGCCACACCCUCCGGCUCUGAUUCUGUGCAGCUGACUCUCUUCUCCCUGACAGUCUUCCUGCCCUUCAGUUGCCUGGGCUGCAGCUGCCCUUGGUCCCCACGAAUGGGCUGACUGAGCCCAGAGGGCAGCAUCUUCCCAUCCCGUGUCCUCUGGCCUGACGCCACUUCCAGGAGACGACCACGAAGGCCAGCACCCACUGUGUUCUGGCCGCCCUCUGUCCUGACCUCAAAGUCAGCCUUGCCCUCCCAGCACCCUGGCCCAGGAGGCCUCCAGGAGCACCUCCAGCCAGGCUCCAGGAGAUGUUCCCACCCCUUCUCCCCAGGUCCAAAACUGCAUGCUGGGGUCAGCAGAUGGGAGGGUGGGAGGCCUCGUGGAUUUGGGGCUUCUGCAGCUCUCCAGCUCUUCCAGCUGAUGGCUCCACAUCUUGGGAGAGGGCUCUGAUUUCAUGAUGGGCUGGGGGCUUCUCAGGAUUCCACAGCCCAAAUGGCGGGACAGUCCAGGGGCUCCAAGACCAUCAGGAGCAUGUGGUGCUCUUGUCACAACCCAAGACCAUGUGGCAUCUGGUGAGGUUAUGGUCCUCUGACUCUUCUUCAGAGGCCCUGCAUCACGUGGGCUGGAGGAGCAGGGGGGCUGGAGCCCCUCCUGGGGCUGAUGACAGGCUGAGUGGCAGCCAGGGCCUGACCUGGGACAUGGGGUUCUCUGUGGGCUGGGAUUUGGGGUUUUUUUCCAGCCAUGGAAGAGACAGAGGUACAGGAACUGAGACCCAGCUCCCGCAGAGCAGGGCCAAGGGCAGUGUGUUUCCUGGGAGUGCAGGAAGGGGAAGGUGUUGUGGGGAGCCCCGGACACCGCCCAGUGUUCUGCACUUAGGGAGGGGUCUUCAGUGGGCCCUGGAAGAGGGAGGUUUCUAGAGCAGCCCAGGGGGCCCUGAGAACCUCUGUUCCUCCCAUUAGGACAAGGAAGGACGAGGCGCACAGGGUUCCUCAUUAGGCUGCCUUCUCCAGAUGCUCAAUGAUGAGGUAAGGAGGCACAGGGCAUCUCGGGGACCUUCCUUGCCCUGCAGUGCCUGCUCACCCCCGGCCCACAGGAGGCACAUGCAGGUCCCCACAGGACACACAGCAAGACCCUCUGCCCCACAGGUAUCAUCCCAAUGCAGAGGCAGGGGCUGGGGACCAGCCUCAUGACAGACUGGCCCAGGAUCUGACUUGGGAGGGCGAAGGGAAGCCUCGAGCCCCUCUCUCCAAAAGCCACAUCCCCACUGAAAUGAAUGCCCCCCAUGAGGAGCUGCGAGACCUUGUCUGACCCAGCCUCCCGGGGGGGUCAGGCCACCCUCAUGGGGAGGGUCACUGACUCUGGGGACUGAAGCCCCAAUGGGCCCAGCUUGAGCCCCAGCCUCAGCCUGGAAGGGCCAGGUCCUCACACACCUGCUGUCCCCACAUAUCUCUCUCGGCCUCACCCUGCGCCUGUGGGAUGUCUAUCUCAUGGAGGGGAAGCAGGCGCUGAUGCCCAUAACGAGAACCAUUUUCAAGGUUCAGAGGAGUAAGUCAACCUGUGACCUGGGGAGCACUGGGGUCAGAACCCAGUUGACCCGAGGGAGCUUCCUCACACUGUCCUCAUGAUCCUCUGUUCUGGCCCAGAGGGAGGUCUGGCCGGGUGGGCUGGGAGGGCACAGUGACACUGAACCCACCCCCCACAUGACCCAGAUGAAAGUCGGGAGUGUGGUGAGCACUGCCCUGCCCAGGCCGUCCCCCAGCCACAGCCUCCUGUGCACAUCUGAACCCCUGGGGUGGUCACAAAAGGAUCUGGCACCGCCCAGUGAGAAACUGAAGUGGCCAGGGGGUAUGGGCUCUGACCCCUCCCAGGGAACUCUCCUGGCCUGAUGCCCACCCUGUCCCUAAAGCCCUUCCUGAGAACAUCGAGGUCUGGCCUGUGGGCACGUUUUCGGGACUUGUUUUCCCAUACCUGGGUGUUGAAUGAUGAAAAGGUGUUGAAAGAUCUUUGGACCUCCAGGCAAAAAAUGACAAAGAAGCACGAGGACCUGCCAUCCUCCAGUGCCAGGUCCCCUCCCGAGUCACCCUCUGGGGAAGUCAAUAGUGGGGGAAUGCCUGGGACCCCCAACCCUACUACCUGGCCCUCCCUCUUCAGCCUUUCUUCCUCCUCUUCCUCCUAGACUGUAAGAAAGUACAGUAGGCCCACCGGUCCUCAGGGCAAGCGCUCAGUGCGUGUGGACUGGACGUGCUGUGCACGCAGGAGGGGGAUGUGGGCAAGACCCUCCAACAAGCCCCCUUCCACUUUCCAUGGUGGUCCAUUGUCCCCCUCAUGGGGCCCUUGAGAGCACUGGAGGAGCCAGAUCCAUUUGUAAGAGCCCCCGUCCCUCCCUGUGAGCACUGACAGCCUCAGAGAGCAGCAGAGGCCCCUAACUCCUGCACACACCUUCAAGGGUGCCAGGACCACAACCUUGACCCAGGGAGACAAGGGAAUCAGUGUUCCUGACCCCUAGAGCAUUCAGGGACAGGACACAGGUAGGAUCCCGGGCCCAGAGCCAGAGCCCAGAGUUCAGCCAGAUGUGGGAACGGUCAGUGCUGGCAUGGACUGGGAAGUUCAGGAGAGCAGAGGGUGACCCACGUCCAGGCCCAAUCAGGUCCCCAUGGGAGGUGGCAAGGGGGCUGGGUGACAGCCAAGGCCCCUCUCACCUGAGUUCUGCCUGGGGGCUGUAGCCCUGGGAGGAGGGUGUGUGGCAGGAAGCCCCCAACCAGCCUGAACCCCAGGGGGCAGUCCCAGGAGCCACCUGCCAUGCCCUGACGGUGUCCUCACCCCAGGUGGCAUGUUCCCCUCCCUCUGGGAUCAGCAGACUACAGGUGUGUCCUCAGUGUCAGAUCACAGGGGCCACACAGAGCCCCCCAGGACUGCAGAGACCCAGGCAUGUGGGGCCCAGCCCGGAAAGGCCUGCAUGGGCUCACUGGAGACGCCGACUGUACCUGUUUUCCUUUCAGCCAAACCCGAGGAAGGGUCCUCAGCACCCAGGCCCAUGCUGGCUUCACCUGGCAGGAACACCCACUGCAAGGGGGACAGUCAGCCCCCUCCCAGCCCAGCAACCUGGUUCCAGCGGCCCAGUUGGUCAGCUCCCCCAGCAUGGCCAGCUUGUUCUUUCCCACCCUGUCCUGGUGGGGCUGUCUGUGAAAACACCUACCCUGGGGGCGCUCAGGGUGUGUCUAGCCUGGCCCUUGCUCAGGGAGGACCCCCCCAUUCCUGGUGAUUCAUAGAAUGGAAUUCUAUGCCCCAGUUCCCGACCGACCUAAAUGUGGGGGGCCCUUGGUUCCCCUGGUAUCAUUUUGAAAAGAGCUGCUGGGUCCGUGUCCCUUCUGACUGUGUCCUGGACAUCCCUGGGACCACGGGACAGGCCUAGCCCAGGAAGUCCAUGGGGACCCUGACACCGGGCCCUGCCCAGGCCUAUCAGGACUAAGAGGAAGGUCGGGAGAUAUCCCCACUGCAACAUGGGCACCUGUAUUUGGCCCCUUCACCAAAUGACUGUGACUGGAAGGAGCCAGGGGGGCACCCCACAGGCUCCCAGCCCUAAUCCUAACACUAACCCUGACCCUGACCCUGACCCUAAUCCUAACCCUAACCCCACAGCCCCAGACACCUUGGAAAAUCCCAUUCAAUGGGGAGCCUUGUCCCAUUAAGGCCACGAGAGAGAGAGAGAGAGAGAGAGAGAGAGAGAGAGAGAGAGAGAGAGAGAGAGA